CUAACGGAUAAACCGGCCAUGGCCGCCACCACCACCUCUGCCUCUCGCCUCCUCUCCCCGGCCGCCACCACCAUCACCUCCCACAACCACCGUUACCUCUCCGCAAUUCCCCACCCCCCAUUCACUCCCCACGCCUCAAAAUCCCCCAGACCCAUCACCAAACUCCACGUCUCCUCCAAGCCAUCCUCCCUCUCCGCCGCCGCCGCCGCCCCCUCAUCCAAAUCCUCCCAAGAAACCGUCUUUUUCGACGGCGGGGCCCACUACGGCGACCUCGUAGCCAACCUGCUUCUGGGUUUCACUCUUCUCUGGCUGCCGCUCACUCUCGCCGCAGUUUUCCGAGCCUUCUCUCUCCGCUACAGAUUCACCAAUCUCCGGGUCACUGUCAUCUCCGGGCAGGACAGAAGCGAUUUCUCCUACAAAGUCAUCAAGGAUGUUCAGGUCGUGCCUAGGUUCAUUGGGGAGUGGGGUGACAUUGUCAUCACUCUCAAAGAUGGCACUAAGGUCGACCUCAGGAGUGUGCCAAAGUUCAGAGAAAUUGCUAAGUAUUGCCUCUCCAUGGCUGAGCAGCCUGUGGAUUUAAAGGAGUCUGGUCCCAAAGGGUUUUGAGUUAAAAAAACUGAAUUUUUGUUUGGUUCAAUAGUUUAGUCACUUUCUGAGGUAUGUAAAUUGCAAAAUUCUUGUGGAGAAAAUGGAAUGUGAUCUUUAACUUCUUGUGCAGAUAUGGUGAAUAUUGUUCAAAUUAUAUUUCAUAUGAAUAAGAGUUUUAUUCCUGUAU